AUGCUGCUCUAUGUCAUGGUCCUCGUGUACCUCUAUGGCAUCCAGGCGAACAACAUGGAGCACAACAGCAGCAGCAGCAAAAGACAGCAGCAGGAGCAGCCUCAGCAGCCCAGCCCAGACCCCCUCAACGCCCUCAUCAUCCAGCUGCUCCAGGCCGACCUCACACGGGUUAAAUCCAAGCCGCAGCAGAACGAGCAGGGCAGAGAUCCAGAGAUGCCCGACGUUCCGGAUAUGUUACCGCCGCUACCCCCUAAUCUACCACUUGUGAGCGCGGACGAGCAAUGGGACGAUGUUAUGGACCAAAACGUUAUGAUGGUGCACUCAGAUCUCCUACGCCAGCAUAAAAGAUACCACUCACCGCGAGUUUUGCUAAGCGAUCGACUGCCGUUGCAGCCUCCUCCGUUGUACAUUUCGGACGAUUUUGCCAGCGGGACGUCCGAAGGCGGGAACAGGACCAGGAAGAAGAGGUACGCAGAGCACCGCAGCUAUAGAGGCGAGUACUCAGUUUGUGACAGCCAGAGCCGUUGGGUGACAGAUCGGACAGAAGCGGUGGAUGAUAGGGGGUCGCUUGUAACGGUCCUGGCGAAAAUACGAACCAACGCCAGGGAGGAUAUCAAGCAAUACUUUUACGAAACGCGCUGUCAGAGCCCACGGCCGUCAAAAGGAGGCUGCCGGGGGAUUGACAGCAAAAACUGGAAUUCACAAUGCAAGACAACGCAGACUUUUGUUCGAGCUUUGACUCAAGUUCGAAACGCCGUGGGCUGGCGUUGGAUCCGCAUCGACACUUCAUGCGUUUGCGCGUUAUCUAGAAAGCGCCGCAGGACGUAA